CCUGUGGUGCUUGAUGUGGGUCUGUCCGCCCUUCCUGCGAGAGGAAACUCGCACUGACGUAAAGAAACCAGAGCAGACGGGAUCUCAGGGUUAAUUAAGAGCUGAAAUACCUGUUUUACUACACAUCCGAAGCUGUACGCUCCAGUAUCAUAACUUACCCGCUGCCGGUGACUGCAGGUCGGUCAGAAGGAAAAUACAGCAGCCGACAGGGACGGACGAAAAGGAAAUAAACAGUGUAGAAGCUGGUAUUUUGGCAUGGCUGAUCUGCUGAGGCUGCUGCUCCGGGUGGCUGAGAAAGCGGCUAAUGUGGCUCGGGUCUGCAGGCAGGAGGCUAUUCUUUUCCAGCUCCUUGUGCAGGAGAAAACUGGAGAAGACAAGAACAAGAAGUUUGUGCAGGACUUCAAGACACUGGCUGAUGUGGUAAUCCAGGAGAUGAUCCGACAUGAUGUUGGAGCUGAGUUCCCUGAAAUGGUUGGUUUCAUUCAUGGAGAGGAGUCCAACAAGUUUGAAAAUGGGCUUGGAGAGAGUGUGAUUGUCACCGUCUGCAGCACAGAGCAGGAGACCGCCACGCUGUUGUCCACGGUACUCGAUGGCGAUCACACAGCAGCGUCUCUUCUGGCUCGAGCCAUACACCAAGACCCCGCAACGAUCGACGCAAACACAGAUGGUCUGACAGUGCCCCUCAGCCCCUCAGAGCUCGGCAUCUGGAUUGACCCUAUAGACGCCACCAGCCAGUACAUAGAGGGUCGUGAAGAGGUGCUGCAGGAGGGUCACCUGUCUCCUUCUGGUCUUCACUGUGCUUUGGUUCUGAUCGGGGUUUACCUCCGCAGUACAGGGAUGCCUGUUAUGGGUGUCAUCAACCAGCCGUUCCACCACAAAGAUCCAGUAGGAGGAGGUUGGAGGGGGAUGCAUUUUUGGGGAGUGUCCUGUGAUGGUGUAAAUGUCUGCUCAUUGUCUCGACCCAAAGCUGGACCUGAGGGGGGUAAAGGUCUGUCUGCGGUCCUGAGCUCCAGUGAGAAGUCAGUGGUUAAGGACGCUCUGGCCUCGCUGUGCAGCCCUGAUGAGCUGAUGUACGCAUCUGGAGCCGGAUACAAGAUCCUGUGUGUCAUCCAGGGCCUGGCUGAUGUCUACGUCCUCUCAGAGGGCAGCACCUUUAAGUGGGACUCCUGCGCCCCUCAUGCUCUGCUCCGGGCCCUCGGGGGAGGGGUGGUAGACCUGACAAAGAGUCUGCAGUCCAGCUCUGCAGCUCAGACCGAACUGACCUACCACCAGGCAUACACUGAGUGUAAAGGGGCAGACCGUUGGGCCAACCAGGGAGGCCUGGUGGCUUAUCGAGACUGUUCUCAGCUCUGCAGAGUCAUUGAGGCUCUGAAAGGCAAGCUGUAAUUGUCACAUCUCUGAUUAUGUGUUUUCUAUAUUGGAGGAAAGAAAUAUGGGGUCAAAGGAAGAGAUAUUUUAAUUAUAAAUAAUAUCUUAUUUUUAAUCAUAUAUAUGCAAUUUUACGUAUAUUACAAGGUACACUUCAGGUCUGGGCCAAAUAGUUUUCACAUAUAAUGUGUUUUUUUCCUUAAACUGGAGGUUGUAGAGCAGUUGUAGGAGUGUGAAUGACCAGAAAGAAAAGUGUGGAGCAAACUAAAGCACACAACACACUAUAAAUCUGGUAAAUCGAGUAAGAUUCAGCACAGCAAUAUUUAUUGAAAGCAGACUGACAUUUAAGUAAAGGGCAGUGGUCAUUAUUAUCCAGACAGGGUGAUGCAGACCUCCCUUUACUACAGGACUACUCACUAAAGAAAUCAAUAACUUGCAAAAAUAUUAAUCUGGUUUUACUGAUUUAUUUUUUUUAAUAAAAUAUUUUCUGUAGAGGCUUAAGCCUCAAGAGUCUAUGAUCAGAACUGUGCCCAUAGAUAAAAUGGAGGAAUGGAACGUCAGUAUUGACCAAUCAGAAUCCCAGUAUCAAGUAAAGAUCCAGUGUGCAAAAUUCAGGACGAUCUAAUUCCAGAAGUAGAAUAUACUUUAAGAUUAAUAAUUAUGUUUUUAUUGAUGGAAUGUAUAAUCACAUGAAAAUGAGAACUGUUCUGUUUUCAAUACCUCAGAAUGAGUUGUCAAUAUUUAUAGUCUACAAUCUACAGUAUUUUUUUUUGCUUGGUUUUAUAACACGUUAUGUUUAAGUGUGGACCAGAGUUAAUAUCCCCUUAACUAUAAGCCAACAACAGACAACACACACUCACUCUAAUGAGGGACUUGUGUGUAUUUUGCAGCUACUGUUGGUGAACAUGGUGGGUUUUACUUUGGUUGCAGUCUGCAACUUCACUGUCACUAAAUAUCAAUAAUACUGAACCUUUAACAAAGCUGUGUUUUAAAGGAAAAGUAAGAUAAAUACUAGGGCACUCGGAGACCACCUCAGCUUAGGCCACUCUUCUCAUUCAUGGCCUGUGUUUUCCACCUUUCUGUCUGCUGUUUCAUUUAAGGUAGUUUAACUGUUUACAUGGAAACAAAGCUCUUAGUUCUUCUUUCCCUCAUUCCCUCAGUUCAUCUGCUUCUUUCCCUCAACUAAGAAUCAGUGCCGUAGUUUUUGUAUUAUCCUGCAGACAGACCAACAGGAAUGACUGAAAAACGUCCUUGGCACAGGUCAUAAGUGAAAAGCAUCUUCACAAUGAAACAUAUCGGUCAAAUCUAAAUUUCAAAAGUUUAAUUUUGAAUGCUGUUUAUCCCAGGCCUGAUAACCAUGUAUUACACCAUUGCAAAGCUUUUAGAUUAGAUGAGUCUGUUUGCUGCUGGACAGCUGAGGAAUGCUUCACUGUCAGAGGAGUAUGUAACCUGGCAUCACAACUGACCUGAUGAGUGUUUGUUAUAGUGAAAUGACUGUUUUAUCAGACCUGUAAAACAUAAAUAAGUGAAGUGAAUGAAUGAGGCCCUAAUCGAAGCGUCGGAAUCUGCACGUCAGUGAAUUGGCUCCUUUUAAGGAGCAGAUGGAUUCACAUGCCCUGCCCUUUUUCCAUGGCCACAGCACCAUUAGUUAAUAAGGUCAGGGAAUGGAAAAGCCUUAUGAGGUAAAACAGCGAUAGAGAGCUCUUUCAGUGUGGGUUUACACUAAAAUGAAAUAUGAAGCCCAACGACACCUAUGCAGUCUGACAGUGCAGCAGGAGAUACUUAUAAAGAUGUUUGCAGUGUACAUGUGUAACUUUACUUUCAUUGUCACUCUGUUUAAAUUGUAUUAAGUCUUGCAUUAGUUUAUACAGAGCACAAACCAGUACAAACAUUGUGCAUGUUGGAAACCAUUUUAUUUUGAAAACCAGAGAAAGCGGGGGAAAGAAACCCAACAGUGACAUUUUAAAACUGUUUGCCAGCCAGGGAACUCACCUCAUUAUUCCCUACAAAACACCCUGAUGAUUGUCAGAUAUUUUUUGCAAUACUUCUGCAUAUUCUGUUAAAAACAUAAAAAAAAC